UGUAAUAGGUUUGCAAGUAUUUUCUGGAUGCUGUGGAAAAGAAACAGUAUGGGUGGUUCUGGUCAUGCCCCAAUGGUGGCAAAGAGUGUCAUUACAGACACGCACUUCCUCCUGGAUAUGUCCUGAAAUCUCAAAUGAAAGCACUCUUGGAAGAGGAGUCAUCAAAGAAGAUGGCAGUUGAGGACGAAAUCGAAAACGAGCGUGCAAAACUGCAAACCGCAACACAGAUGACUCCUGCGCUAUUUAUGGAAUGGAAGAGGAAGAAAAUAGCUGAGAGAGAUGCAGGUUUGGCUGCUUCUCAAGCAGAGAGAGCUAAGAACGACCGUAUGAGUGGUCGGGAGCUGUUUCUGUCGAAUGCAAGCUUGUUUGUGGAUGAUGCUGAGGCUUGUGAAGAAUACGAGAGGGAAAGAGAGCAGGAAGAGACUGAACAAAAGGCAAAGAACAAGGAAACAGAAGCAGGGACGAGCAAGAGUAGUGGUGAUGGUGAACAGAGUUCGAAACAAGUCGAUGAAGAAGAUGAAGACGAUGACGAUGAUGAUGACGACUUGGACAUGGAUGAGCUGGAUGAACUGGAAGCAAGCUUGUCGAAGACAUCGAUCCAGAUUCGUGAGCCAAACAAUGAAGGGUCAUCUUGAGAUGGAAACAUGGUUCAAGAGAAACAAGUGGUGGAAGAGAGAAAGCACAUGUUUUGUUUUGUGUACUUUCAAUAGAUUGGAUUUUGCAGACACAAAUCCUAUUUGAGGGUGUUGAAUAAUCUUUGUUACUGUCUUAAAUGUCUUCUCAUUCAAGGACUAGUAGUCUCUUUUUGUGUCAUAUUUUACAUGUGAAGUGUGUCAACAAGUCCUAAACAUAAAAACUUAUCAGUGGAAAUACAAAUUUCUAGGAAAAAAAGACUAAGGGGGUGUUAUUGGAUUGUGGUUUUUAAAGGAGUUUGAUGUAUUUAAGAAUCAGGUGUUAUUUAAUUGGGUAUUUUUAAAAAUCCAUUAAAAUCUAGUGUUAUUCAAUAUCUACUGGAUUUUGUGUGA